CUUAGACAGAAACAUGGACCGCUUUUCAGUCUGUCUGUUGUUUGGCCUGACUCUUAUCGUGUGUUCUGCAGUGGCACUCGUACAAGAUUUGCCAACUCCUUGCCCGGAAAUUCAAUGUCCGCAACAAAAGAAAUGUAUCUUCGGUUACAAAAAGAUUAACGGGUGUCCCACAUGUGAAUGUAACAGACCCUACAACUGCCCCUACUACCGUCCUUGUCAGCUGUGGUUAAAAUGUCCCGCAGGAGUCGUGAGGAUCAACGGAUGCCCAACCUGCAUGUGCAAACCAACACCGAAAACUACCCCCAGACCCCACUUGUGCCUCACGUGUUGUGGUCCGCCCCCAUGCUGUAACUACUGCGGACUAGAGAAAUUGCUUGCCAAGUAGGUCACCCAGGUCUCUUUAACAACACUGGAUCAAUGACGACAAUCUGUGACUGCCAGAACACUCAUAUUGUUAUUCAGUUGUUAUCAUUGUUUAUUUCCGUUCCAUAUUUGAAUAAAUACAUGAAAUAACCUUUUUAAUUAGAAUGGAAAACGA